CAGAAUCCCUGCCAUCCGAACGGGCAAUGGCAUAUAUUGGCAUCGAGGUGAAUGUGACGGAGACGCCGCUCGAUGUUGAGCUCAUCCAUCUCGCAUCGCACUAGACGAGCGAGGGAGAGAGAGAAUCCAUGUGUUAGUCCCGGCCCUCCCCUUUUGUCCCCUUACUGCAUCUUUGAGGUAAGUCUGCUCGUUGAGAUACAGAUGGAUUCCCUCAAAAUUUUGUCCAGACGCGGUUUCGCUUCGUCUGAUCGUGUCUUAGUUCUCUAACUUUUUUUGCAACCCCUUCGUCGUUCGUCUGCCUUGUUGAACAUUAUCGUUUCCAGACCAUGACCCUCUUUGCCUUUUGAUUUAGCUGUUUUGAUGCGUCCGAAAUCUGAGUUCCAGUAGGAUUUUGGGCAGAAUCGGGAGUAUUUUGCUUCUUGGGGAUCAGUCAAAAACAUUUCCGGCGGUUGGUAGGCUUUUUCUUAUAGGAUUCCUUCCUUUUUUGGUUCGUGAUUGGUGGUCUGGGAUAUUUCUGAGGUUGGUUGGUGCUUCUGGUUGAGACCCAAAUUUGGGGAUGUUGCUUGUUGGUUUGCCACGAGUUAUUCGGUAUCUUGAUUUGUGAAUAUGAUUUGUUCUGCCUCUGUUUUUGGGUAUCCUAUGGCAGUAAGGGUUGAGUAUGAUGGGAUCCUGGACACUUAGGGUUUUCCUCAUUGGUUCGUUCUAUCUUGUUGCUCUCUAACUCACUAUCCAGCUUGUUGAUCUUUACUUCGUUCCUGCUCCUGCAAGGUCUGCAAGUCUUCUUACUGUUUGAGUUGUCACCAAGAUCCAGUAUUCUACAAGAAUCCAUACUACUUUUGAGUUCUGAAAAAUGUACGGUAGAGCUGGCUUAGAUAGGUUUAAGAAAGGCCAAUCUCUGGAACCAUUCUCUGUGACCUUUAACUCGUCAUCAAAGCAGCCGGUACCGGGUGCCACUCAGGUUCAUCAGGCUUUUCCUUCUUCUCCUACUCAAAAUAAACCGCCGCAGUUGAAUCUCCCUGCUAAAGUUGUGCCAUCGGAGCCGGUGCACUUGAGCGCGCAGGCAGCACAAGUAACUUCCGUUGGUGGUGGGCAGUCGAAUUGGCAACCUCCAGAUUGGUCUAUUGAGCCCCGGCCGGGUGUUUAUUUUCUUGAAGUUUUGAAAGAUGGUCAAGUCUUAGACAUAAUUGGUCUGGACAAGAGAAGGCAUAUUUUUGGUAGGCAAUACCAUACGUGUGAUUUUGUGCUGGACCAUCCUUCUGUUUCACGCCAACAUGCUGCUGUUGUUCCCCACAAGAACGGAAGCAUUUUUGUGAUUGAUUUGGGAUCUGUACAUGGCACAUUCGUUGCAAAUGAACGGCUGACAAAAGAUAAUCCAGUUGAGGUUGAAGUUGGCCAGUCACUUCGUUUUGCCGCUUCAACCAGGACUUACAUAUUGAGGAAAAAUACUGCAGCUCUCUUUCCUACUGCUUCAGUUCCCAAAGAUAUUGUCCUUCCCUCUCCUCCGGAUCCUUCAGAUGAAGAGGCGGUAUUGGCCUAUAACACUAUCCUCAAUCGCUAUGGUGUGAGCAAAGUUAUUUCUGCAUCAUCUUCUGCAAAAGAUAAUCGCCAAACAGAAAGGCCUGCAAAGAGGCAGAAGCGUUUGAGGGUGGGCUUUAAGGAUCAAGUGGGGGGAGACUUGGUGGAGGUGGUUGGCUUCUCAGAUGGUGCUGAUGUUGAGACUGAACCUGGUCCAAUUGGUGUCAAAGAAGGAAGCCUUGUGGGCAAGUACGAAUCUCUUGUGCAGGUAACAGUGAUACCCAAAGGUCAAGAGCAAAUUUCUCCUAAGCCAGAGAACACAUCUAGUAAAGGAGUCACUGAUAAAUUACAACAGGUUAUAAACAAGGUUAAGGUUACUCCAAAGACUGGUAUAUAUGAUGACUUGUAUGAAGAUUCAGUUCCUGGCAAAAUGGGUUCUUCAUGGGCAUAUGCAUCUGGUGGAAAUGGUGAUAGUCAAGCCAGCGCAGAGGUUGGGAAGGAAGGGAAAUCCGUUGAUGCUUCCAAGGACAAGAGCAAUACUGGUUUGUUAUAUGACGAUGAUGAUGACUUGUUUGGUGAUUAGCUGAUGGUUGGUCUGAGGUGAGAAUCUUGUCUGUAUUUGUCUCUCUGAAUGGAGUAAUUUUGGUUAGAAGCUAUUACUCCAAGCAAGCAAGGCAUCCUCUGUCCAAAAAAAGUUUAUGGCUUUCCAGUUUUCUUUUGUUGGGUGAUAUUAUUGUAAAGAGUUCAGUCUUUGCAACUUGGCAAUUCGGAUUUUGAUUAUCAGAAAUCAAAAGAUACAUACAUUCCGAUUCUGCAAGCCA